UAUCCAUUUAUCCUCCAACACGAACGCUACUAAACCACGCGCAGCCCGCGUCACAUGCGCACCGUUGCAUCAGCAUAUUACUACGACUAAACGAUAGCCCAAUCGACGAAUCAUAUGUGCUGUCAGGUCGCCGUGAGGUGUUGAUCUCUACAGCGGGCCGACAUUCCUGCACGGUUGUCGGCAACCGUCCCUCGGCUAGAUGGUAUGGGUGUGCUUUGGUGUGUCUUCGUCGCAUGACGGACGUUGGACGACGUACAUGGCGCGAGCUACCCCGGUAGAUGCUUGGGAGUACGGGCAAGCUUCAUAUAAGUGGAAGCUUGGGGCCCCGCAGUGUUGCUUGUCGUCUCUUGUCGCUGCGCCUUCACCUUGACCAAAUUCCAGCUUGACGCUGUCGCAUUCUCUACGUCAAAUCGACGAUCGCAUAGUUCGCAGGACGCGCGCGAACACGGUUAUCAAAGCGACAAUGGCUGACGAUCGAAAACCUUCGAUCGAGCAUGUCUCGGAUGACAAGAUCUCGCCUACGACCCUUGAAGCUGGAAAUGGAGUUGUGGAUGGGCAUCGCAAGCUGGUCGCGCCGCCGUUGGUUGCUGCUAUGAGUGCUCAAGAAAGAAUCGAAGCAGAGAAGAAGAUGCGGCGGAAGAUUGAUACGAGAUUGUUGCCGAUGAUCAUCCUGAUGUAUAUCAUGAAUUAUCUCGAUAGGAACAACAUCGCUGCCGUUCGUCUAGCAGGUCUCCAAGACGAGUUGGAACUCACGAGUGUGCAGUAUCAAACCACUGUCUCCAUCCUCUUCGUCGGUUAUAUUCUUAUGCAAAUCCCGUCAAAUUUGUUCCUCAACAAGACGGGAAAACCAGCCAUCUAUCUCCCGACAUGCAUGAUCAUCUGGGGUAUCAUAUCGGGCGCUACCGCAGCAUGUCAGAACUUCGCCGGACUAGUGGUGUGCCGUUUCUUUUUGGGAUUUAUCGAAGCCGCAUACUUCCCAGGGUGUCUAUUCUACCUCAGCGCUUGGUAUACAAGGAAGGAGCUGGGUCUGAGAACGGCGGUCUUAUACUCUGGAAGUCUGAUCUCGGGAGCCUUCGGUGGGCUCAUCACUGCGGGGAUCACGAGUAACAUGGAUGGUACGCAGGGCUUGAGAGCGUGGCGUUGGGUGUUCAUCAUCGAAGGUAUCAUUACCGUCGCGGUUGCCUUCGCCGCCUUUUGGAUCCUACCCAACUUCCCUCGAACAACUUCCUGGCUCACAGAGGAAGAACGCCAGCUCGCCGUCUACAGACUCCAAGAAGACGUUGGUGAAGACGAUUGGGUCUCGGCAGAGUCGCAAACAUUCUUCCACGGCCUAAAGCUUGCGUUACUCGAUAUCAAGACUUGGGUCCUUACAAUCAUGCUUCUAGCCAACGUAUCCUCGGCCAGUGUUACCAACUUCUUCCCAACAGUGGUCAAGACGUUAGGAUAUCCAAACAUCGAGACACUUCUGCUAACAGCGCCACCGUAUGUUCUCGCGGUCAUCACCACCUACCUCAACGCAUGGCAUGCCGACCGCACCGGCGAGCGAUUCUUCCAUAUCGUUCUCCCUCUCUGCGUCGGCGUAGCAGCCUUCAUCCUUGCCGCCGCUACGACUGCAACAGCACCGCGCUACGUCGCCAUGAUGCUGAUGGUCCCUGGUGUUUACACUGGCUACGUCGUGGCUCUGGCCUGGAUCUCCAACUCUUUGCCUCGUCCGCCGGCGAAGAGGGCGGCAGCACUGGCUUUCAUCAACGCGAUCAGUAAUACGAGUUCGAUCUAUGCAAGCUACAUGUACCCUCAGCCAAAGAGUGGUCCGGCAGAUUUGACGGUGCCCCUGAGUGUGGAUUGCGCAACUGCAGCACUGGCCAUUAUUAUGGCCAGUAUUAUGCGCAUUAUACUGGGGCGGCUGAACAAGAAACUUGCGCGCGGAGAACACGUGGAAGGAGCAAUCAACGCUGUUCCUGGGGCUGCUGCUGAGCGGGGCUUCAGAUUCCUGGUCUAGAGACUUGGGAGCUGGAGGUUGUAGGGUUGUGAGUUGGAUAUAGAGACGAUUGGCAGGAUUGCGCAAUCGAUUGGUCCCCUGUUUUACUUCUUUGCCACCCCCUUCUUCAGUCACCUCACUGGAUGACGACGCGUACAGGUGCUGAGACAACAGUCCCCCUCUCCAAAUUGCUUUUCUUCGAUGUCUCAAUCAGAACUACUCGUGACACAUG